AAGUGGUUUCACUUUCACCUAAACUAGCUUAUGUUCAUGAUUCAUAAAAUUGAGACCAAGAUAAUCUUAAAAACCUUGUAUCACUUUUUAUUGACUUUAUGACCCUAUGUUUGGUGAGUGAUAAUGUUGACACAUGUUAUUAUAAAAUUGUUUCCUUUGUGCAUGUGGACAUUUUAGCAUAGAUAAGAGUUCUACGGUGGGUGGGUGAGAUAGUACCAAUCCACUUAAUAGCUUUAAAUGUGAAGGAAAAAGCAUAGUUUGGACCUUUGGUUGAAGUGAUUAACCUCUUUUGAAGUUUCCAUCUUCAAUCUCCAAUGAACCAUGGCCUACUACAACUCUUCAUAUUCUGGAUCUGAUUAUGGUGAGUACAAUUUCAACUCUUAUUCUGUCAAUUAUGAUUAUGAUUAUGAUCAAGUUUCAUCUUUAAUGACUUACAAUAGCUAUGAUUACAAUCAACCAAAUCAUGGGUAUGAUUCAAGUUCAUAUUUUUCUUAUCCUAGUUAUUCAGAUCAUAGUUAUAAUAAUAACCACCAAACCAUAGCAUAUUCCACCACAAGUUUUAGUGACCCUAAAUAUCUUGUGUAUGAUCCCAAUUAUGGUAUGACUCAGCUUGUUCUCUCUUAUUCUACCUUGGAAUUCAAUGAACCUGGUUUUGAUGAAUAUGAUCCAACUCCUUAUGGUGGUGGCUAUGACAUUGUUGAAACCUAUGGCAAGCCUCAACCACCUUCGGAUAAGAUCUGCUAUCCGAAGGUGGUUCAGGCUCCAAAUCAACCUCCAAUUCCAACUCCAAUUCCGGUUCUGGCUCCAAAUCCAACUCCAACUCCGGUUCCAGUUUUGGUUCCGGUCCCUUUGGAGGAUGCGAAAAUUGAAGAGAAAGUAAUCAAACCACAAAAUGAAACCAUAGAUCAAAUUGCUGUAGAAAAGCCAAAGUUAGAAGAUAGUACUAUAAAGGAAACUACCGAGGCUUAUGAAGACGAAAAAGCCGAAGAUAGUGAUUAUAGUGAGGAAAAUGAUGCUGAAGAUGAAGAUGACGACGACGACGAUGAUAUCAAUUCGGGGUCUAAUUACGAGAAGGAAGUGACUCCUCCUCAAUAUUAUCCAAGUGGAUAUGGUUUAGAAACUUUAGAUAUAUGUGAGAGUUUGUUUGGUCAUUGGCCUUGCCUGGCAAAAAUGAAGAGAGAAAACUGUUGUAAUGGAUCAAUUCAUAGAGAGAACCAUUGUCAAGAGAAUAUGUGGAAAGGAACUGCAGAUUAUCUGUUUGGGACUCCAUAUCCAUAUGGUGGGAGAAGAGAUGAUGAUUAUGGAGGAGAGUUUGUGUAUGGUUAUGAAAGGCAUUGAUUAUAGUGAUGAAUCAUGGUGAUAGAAAUGAAAUAGUUUGUUUGAAUAUGUAAUGAGAGAAUUUGAAAGAUGUAAAGGUUGUUUAUGUUGUAAGAAUAAAUGUAGCAAUUUGGUUGAAAGAUUGAAAAGAAUAAAUUUUCAUGUUUA